GGACUCCUUGUUGCGUCUAGCUGAUCCCAACCAGGACACUUCAUAUUGAAAAAAAAUGAAAAAAUAAAUACACACAACAAAUGGAACUUCCAUCUUUUUUGUCAAAUUGAUACAUAUCUUUCCUGAGGAUUAUUGCUGGAUUUGUACACUUAUUGGUGUGUUUUUAUACUGAUUUAACGCAGGUAGUGACGUCACCAUGAAAUUGACGGGGAUAUUUUUGUUGCUGAUGCUUUGGAGCUGUGAGGGCGCCAUCAUUGCAGAGAGCGGGGAAGACAACAGCGUGUACGACCUGUUCGAGCUGAUACAAGUGGCCAAAAAGAACCACGGCGUGAACCAGGUGAAGGGAGACGACCCCUACAGCCCCGCCUACAAAAUCCUCAACCCGGACCUGAUCCCCCCGGUCCCCGAGAGCGCCCUGCGGGACCUGAUCGACUCCAUCCACGAAGAGCGCGGCUUCCUCCUCCUGCUCAACUUCAAGCAAGCCAAGCGCACCCGCGGCAGCCUGCUGACCGUGGAGAAGAAGGACGGGUCGGGCCCGGUGUUCGAGAUCGUCUCCAACGGGAAGGCGAACACUCUGGACCUGGUGUUCGCCACCGACGACAGGCAGCAUCUGGUCUCCAUCGAAGACGCGGACCUGGCCACGGGGCAGUGGAAGAACAUCACGCUCUUCGUGCAGGAGGACCGGGCGCAGCUGUACGCCGGGUGCGAGGAGGUCAACACGGCCGAGCUGGACGCGUCCAUCCAGAGCAUCCUCACGCCGGAGACGCCCGCCAACGCGCAGCUCCGGAUCGGGAAAGGGGCGGCGAAGGACCGGUUCAUGGGAGUCCUUCAAAACGUGCGCUUUGUUUUUGGAACGACCUUGGACGCAAUCCUUCGCAACAAGGGCUGCCAGAGCUCCACAGAUGCAGUCAUCAUGGAGAAUCUCAAUGGCUCCUCGGCCAUCAGGACAGAGUACACAGGACAUAAAACGAAAGAUCUCCAGAUGGUCUGUGGCUUCUCCUGCGAUGACCUGGUCAGCAUGUUCAAAGAGCUGAAAGGUCUCGGCGUGGUGGUGAAGGAGCUGUCCCUCGAGCUCCGCAAGUUGACGAAUGAAAACAAACUGAUUAAGAACCGCAUCGGCAUCCACAGUGGCGUCUGUAUUCACAAUGGCAUCGUGCACAAGAACAGAGACGAGUGGACCGUGGACGACUGCACUGAGUGCACUUGUCAGAACUCCGCUACAGUUUGUCGAAAGAUCUCCUGCCCACUGAUUCCUUGUGCCAACGCCACUGUACCUGACGGAGAGUGUUGUCCACGCUGCGGAACACCGAGCGACUAUGCAGAGGACGGCUGGUCGCCGUGGUCUGAAUGGACCCAUUGUUCCGUGUCAUGUGGGCGGGGCAUCCAGCAGCGCGGACGCUCUUGCGACCGUAUCAAUAACAACUGCGAGGGCACCUCUGUGCAGACCCGGGACUGCUACCUCCAGGAGUGCGACAAGCGCUUCAAGCAGGAUGGCAGCUGGAGCCACUGGUCGCCGUGGUCCUCGUGCUCCGUUACCUGCGGCGCUGGUGUCAUCACCCGCAUCCGUCUGUGCAACUCCCCAACCCCCCAGCUCGGGGGCAAGGAGUGCGCGGGACAGGGUCGGCAAACAGAAAAGUGUCAAAAGUCUCAAUGCCCCAUCAAUGGCAACUGGGGACCGUGGUCGCCAUGGGAUACAUGCACCGUCACAUGUGGAGGUGGCAUGCAGACUCGUAAACGAAUUUGCAACGACCCUGAACCCAAAUAUGGCGGUAAAGAGUGUGUCGGUGACAUCAAAGAAACACAGACGUGCAAUAAGAAAACCUGUCCUGUUGAUGGAUGCCUCUCAAACCCUUGCUUUGCUGGGGCCAAGUGCACUAGCUUCCCUGAUGGUUCCUGGAAGUGCGGAAAAUGCCCUCUGGGCUAUACUGGCAAUGGUAUCAAAUGUAAAGAUAUUGAUGAGUGCAAGGAAGUCCCAGAUGCUUGCUUUGAGUUUAAUGGCGUGCACCGCUGUGAGAACACAGAACCCGGCUACAACUGUCUUCCCUGCCCUCCCCGUUACUCAGGACCCCAACCGUUUGGCAAGGGUGUGGAACAGGCUGCGGCAAAAAAACAGGUGUGCUCACCCCGAAAUCCUUGCCUGGAUGGAAGCCAUAACUGCAAUAAACACGCCCGCUGUAACUACCUCGGACAUUUCUCUGAACCAAUGUUCCGAUGCGAGUGCAAACCUGGCUACGCUGGCAAUGGACAUAUCUGUGGAGAGGACACCGAUCUGGAUGGAUGGCCCAACGCUGAUUUGGUUUGCGUAGAGAAUGCCACCUACCACUGCAAAAAGGACAACUGCCCCAACCUCCCCAACUCUGGGCAGGAAGAUUACGAUAAGGACGGCAUUGGAGAUGCUUGCGAUUUUGAUGACGACAACGACGGCAUUCCUGAUGACAGGGACAAUUGCCCGUUUAUCUACAACCCCAGACAGUACGACUAUGACCGUGAUGACGUUGGCGAUCGCUGUGACAACUGCCCUUACAAUAGCAACCCUGACCAAACAGACACAGACAACAAUGGAGAGGGAGAUGCCUGUGCUGUGGACAUCGAUGGAGAUGGCAUACUUAACGAGAAGGACAACUGCCCCUAUGUGUACAAUGUCGACCAAAAAGACACAGACUUGGAUGGGGUGGGAGACAUGUGCGACAACUGCCCUCUGGAACAUAAUCCCGAUCAGGUGGAUUCAGACGAUGACCGAGUGGGAGAUAAGUGUGACAGUAACCAGGAUAUCGAUGAGGAUGGACACCAGAACAACCUGGACAACUGCCCGUACAUCCCUAAUGCCAAUCAGGCUGAUCACGAUAAGGACGGAAAGGGAGACGCCUGCGACCAUGACGACGACAAUGACGGCAUUCCGGACGACAAGGACAACUGCAGACUAGCUUUUAAUCCUGACCAGGUCGACUCUGAUGGUGAUGGCCGCGGAGAUGCCUGCAAAGACGACUUUGACCAGGACAACGUGCCAGACAUCUACGACGUGUGUCCGGAGAACUUCGACAUCAGCGAGACAGACUUCCGCAAGUUCCAGAUGGUUCCUCUGGAUCCUAAAGGCACUUCCCAGAUCGAUCCUAACUGGGUGGUACGUCACCAGGGGAAAGAACUUGUUCAGACCGUCAACUGUGACCCUGGCAUUGCUGUCGGAUACCACGAGUUCAAUUCGGUGGACUUCAGUGGGACCUUCUUUAUCAACACCGAGAGGGAUGACGACUAUGCUGGCUUUGUGUUUGGAUACCAGUCCAGCUCCAGGUUUUAUGUGGUGAUGUGGAAACAGAUUACUCAGACCUACUGGUCCAACAAACCCACCAAGGCCCAGGGCUACUCUGGCCUGUCCAUCAAAGUGGUCAAUUCCACCACUGGCCCAGGAGAACACCUCAGGAAUGCUCUCUGGCAUACCGGGAAUACUCCGGGACAGGUCCGUACUCUCUGGCACGACCCUAAGAAUGUUGGAUGGAAAGAUUUCACUGCCUACAGAUGGCAUCUGAUCCACAGACCAAGAACAGGACUUAUCAGAGUUGUGAUGUACGAAGGAAAGAAGAUUAUGGCAGAUACUGGUAGCAUCUACGACAAGACCUAUGCAGGAGGCAGGCUAGGUCUUUUUGUCUUUUCACAGGAAAUGGUUUACUUCUCAGACCUCAAGUAUGAGUGCAGAGAUGCAUAAAUGCACAGCGCUGGAUGCUCCGAGGAAUGCACUUUUUAGUAGUAUGACUUUUUUUUUCUUUUGUUUUAAAUUCUCUUUUAAAAGUCCAGGGACCGAUUUUUAUCCCCGCAACGCUUUUUUGUGCACCCGUAGAGGGUGAAAGGGCAUUUGGGCGGCCUCAGAGUAACGGCCGAGCACCGAACAGCUGAAUGCCGUUUGAGGAUCAGAGAGUCCCUUCUCCUCCAGCCUUCUGCAAGAGCAGGGAGAAAAAGGAAAAUAUUCCCUCCCGCCCUGCCUUUGCCAGUAGGACACCAGCACCUCUCUGUCCCAGCUCUCCUUGCUUUCUUACUCUCUGAAAGAACUCAUUCAUCUCUGUGCGGGACGGACUCCCCGUAGACAACUAUGCACUUCCAAACUUUUACAUCCACACCUUUCCUACCUUAGCCCUCUCUGAACGGACAUCCCAAAGAAAAGACUGAGUAAAUAUUCCGUUUGCUUUACGUUCGGAACGAUGGACUCGAAGAAUGACGGCGGCAAUAACGUUUUUAGGAAUACUUGGAGAAAGGUGGGGUGUUAGAAACCAGCGGAACUCAUGGAUGUUCAUGCUUGUGUGUGCAAGACUGGCCAUGGAUGGAAAACGAAAGUACUUCAUUCUUCUAUGAAAGUCCUAGAAAAGAAGACGUGUAGUUUAGUCUUGUGUGCGCCCUGAAUUGCUAAACAUCUCUCAGGAAACAUCAAGAGCCACCGAUCUGCAGUCCCUCCAUGUCACACCCAAACUUGCUCAACGACUUAUUACACCCUCGUCUUUUGAGGUCCUAAUUAGGUAUUAUGUAAAUACAUAUAAUUUAUUGACUCGUGCCUACAAUGUAGGCAGCAAAAUACACUUUUGAAUACUUUGAAAAAGUACAAAAUCAAUUUGAUGGAACAGUGACAAAUGAACAAAAUCGGAAGUAAUCAGGUUUCGGAAACUGGAUCCCAGCAGGCACAAGACAUUGAAACAAUGUUGACAACUUGUUGAAUUAGGUCCUGACGUUGAUCAUCUCAAACUUAACGUUGAAACCACAUGUUUUUUGAUGACGUUUAAUCAAUGUUGAGUUCUGAUGUUGAUUUGACCAUUGAAUUUUGGUCAUUUCCCAACCAAUAUCCUACAACACAAACACAACGUUGAAACAACAUGCUUUUUGACAACGUUUAUUCAAUGUCAGGUUGUGACGUUGAUUUGACCAUUGAAAUGUGGUCAUUUCCCAACCCACAACGUGGAUUUUGCAACGUUGUCUCAAAGUCAGUUUUAAAGGACAUGUAUGUAUAAUCAACGUUGUAUCAAUGUCUUGUGCCUGCUGGGAUGUGUUGCUCUUGCAAUAUCCCUCCUUCCAACUGUACUUAAGCAUGGAUUUGACUUGUGUGCCCUUUUUGGAAAGAAAUACACAACAAAUGAAAUGAUGUACAAAUAUUACCUCAUUGCUGUUGAUCAACACAAACACAUGCAUUUAAUUCUCUUACAGUAGUAUUUGUGUAGCAUGGGUUGUAAAUAAAAUGACAUUAAAAUGCAACCUACCCCAGUGAGAGUGAAAUGGGAGAUUUGCUUUUUUUACUGGAUAACUUUGCUUUAAAGUAUAUAUGUCCAAUGCUGUUUUUAGCAGAUAAAUUAUUUUUCUGUUAUGUCUUAGCCUUUUUUGAGAAGUCGAUUUGAGUGUAUGUGCGCGUGUGUGUAGUCAAAUGCUAUUUAAAUAAUUUAUCGGGAUUUGUUGCCGUACAGAAGGCCACGUAUCCGUCUGUAUGAACGGUUUGCACAUUGAUGUGAGGAUGUUGUAUUCUUAUCAUUUUUACUUUUUUGUAUCAAUAUUAUCGUUAUUUUUGUACAAUUAGUUUUUCUUGUAUGUAAACAUGUUCUUAGUUGUACAAAGCUAAAAUGCUGUUUUAGUCAUAGUGAUCAUUUUGUUACACAUUUCAAGAUAAUAAAUAGUUAAAAGGUC